AUGUCCACUCUCCACCCAGCGCCUACUGGUAUUUUCGAGGUACAGAAGCCGGGCCCUUCGAGACCACCACGCGCGCCAGCAGGACCUAGAUACGCAAGAGAUGAUGAUGCAGCUACGGACAGCGAUGCGUCAGUGAUGGAACAUGAAGAUGAAGACCUCCAGGACGAAGAAGACGUCGACGACUCAGUAAAAGAGGAUAUGAAGAAACUUGAGGAUACAUUUCCCGGAAUUUCGGAUAGAUUUCGCUUGGUUAAUAGAAUUGGUGAAGGCACUUUCUCUACCGUGUACAAAGCGGAAGAUCUGCUGUAUGAUCAUUACAGGAACGAUUGGGAUAUGUUUCAAGGCCAACAAUGCGACAGCUGGACGAGCCCUCCCUCAAAAAGGCGACGUGUAGAGGGAGAGCGUGGACAAUCCUUGCCUACCAAGCGACGGAAACCUCGUUAUGUUGCCCUAAAAAAAAUAUACGUGACUAGCAGUCCAUUUCGUAUUCAAAAUGAACUUGAGCUGCUACAUGACCUCCGGGGUUGUCGAUCCGUAUGCCCUCUGAUCACAGCCUUUCGAUACCAGGAUCAGGUUGUGGCGGUCUUGCCUUUCUUUCCCCAUACUGAUUUCCGUAUACAAUACCGCACGUUUCUGGUUGCAGAUAUGCGACAUUACUUUCGGUCCCUUUUUACCGCCUUGCACUCUGUCCAUAAACACAAUAUCCUCCACCGCGACAUUAAACCGACCAAUUUCCUCUAUAACCCAAAAAUCCGAGAAGGUGUUUUGGUGGACUUUGGGCUGGCUGAGCGCGAGGGGUCCGAGUAUACCGGCACGUGUCUAUGUGCCAAUCCAAGCUAUGUCCGUCGCAGUCGAUUGCUACAGAGCUACUACUCCACCCAAUGCUCAACCUCGACGUUGUCGGCCGGCUACCCGAAGAACGAUUCUAGGCCAUCGAGACGUGCUAACCGGGCAGGAACCCGGGGUUUCCGUGCGCCAGAAGUUCUUUUCAAGUGCACAUCCCAGACGACGAAGAUAGAUAUGUGGUCGGCAGGAGUAAUCCUUUUGACUUUGCUUGGUCGUCGCUUUCCUUUCUUCAACUCUGCUGACGAUGUUGAUGCUACGAUAGAAAUGGCUAGUAUUUUCGGGACGCGUCGCAUGAAGAUGGCGGCAGCUAUGCAUGGGCAGAUAUUUGAAACGAAUAUUCCAACGAUUGGUGAAAAAGGAUAUAGUUGGGAGAAGCUUGUAAAGUGGGCCAGCUGUGUGGAGGAGUUGACUGAGAGCGAGAAACAAGCAACUCGCCUUCUGGCGGGUCUCAUGGAAUUGGAUCCAUACAAACGCUUGAGCGCCAGAGAUGCCUUACAACACGAAUUCUUUACAGACCCCAUAGAACAUGACGUUGAAUGGGGAGGGAAUCCCGAAGAUAGUGCUGACUCUGUAGAGGAAGACGAAGCGGAGAAAGAUGAUGAGGCUGAUGAGGUCGCAAUGAUAUAA